AUGGACCCCAAUUUCAAUCCAGCUCCGCAACUGCCGGCCGGAUUUGCCAGCAACAGCAAUGAUGCAAGCUGUGCCAUGAUUGACGGAGAGUCCAACCAACCAGCAAUGGGAAACUCCCAGGAAUCCAAAUCUGCUUAUACGAGGACCAUGCAAUUGCUGGAACAUAAAUCCUCCUUUUUAUCGCCCGUUGCUGCGGUGGUCAAUCUCCGCGAUGUCGUGGGAAAUCCUCCGUUGGAUGAACAAGAAGGCAUGGGUACAACGCUAUUGACACCCAAUCGGGGCCAUCAUGCCUUGUUUCGGGCACUGGAAGAGUUGGAAGGCAUGGAAAAACAAGAGGCCGAAUUGUUAUUGCAGUCUCCUCUUACGAACGCUUUGACAACCAUUGUUACCAAUGACAGUUAUCCGACGCCGCGCCAAGCAGUAGCCACUUUGGAAGCUUUGUGCAAGGCCAUUCCAAGGCGGGUCUGCCAACAUCCAUUCAAGAAAAACGAUAUUGUAUGGGUCUGUCGGACUUGUCAGGCCGACGAGACUUGUGUACUAUGUCACAAUUGUUUUAUUCAAUCCGAUCAUGAAGGUCACGAUGUAGCCUUUUAUCAUGCCCAGGCGGGUGGAUGUUGCGAUUGUGGAGAUCCCGAUGCCUGGGAUCCACGAGGAUUUUGUCCGCACCACGGUCCCAAAUCGGGACAAAAUCAUGGAAUUUCCGAGGCUUUGAUGCAACGAGUCUUGGGUGUGGUCCCAGCAGCGGUGGAUUGGAUGGUUCAACAAGUGGCACAAACGGCAAAAGAAGGCUACUCGAGAGCACAUGAACAAGAUGAUGAUGAUGAUGAUGAUGGUAAAGAUGGAGAGGCUCUGGAUACAGAUGCUGAUACCAGUAUUGUCAUGGGAGACGUCAUGUUUCUUCCUACGGCUGGGAUUGCUACUACUACGCCGAUGGACGAGACGACACCAUUUCCACACAAUGGUGGUGCAAUGCCAUUUUCACCGAACAAGGCGGGAGCAACCAAGGCGGAUCGAACGGAACCAAAGGCCUUGUUUGCUGCUGCUCCCGAGCCCCUGUCGGUGACAGCUCAAACGCCAGCUCCACCAUUGACCAAAGCUGAGAAACUUGGAAUACUAGCACGGCAGGGUGGAGGAAUGUUCUUGGUACUUAAGAGCGAUGAUAUUCAUUCGACAUUGAACUGGGUGGAUGCCUUGAGAGAACUCUUUGGGACUUCGUCGCUGUACACAGAUUCAAUUUUGCACAAAUUGGUCAAGGCCUUGCGGCAAUUUGGACAAUUAGUAGUCUGGGGAACCAUGGAGAUUCUAGCGGAGUUCAAUACCAAUCAAGUUCAAAUGUGGUUGGAUGGAGAUCGAGUCGUUUCAGGAUUGGUCGGUUCUACCAUGCUUCGAAAAGCCAAAAUCUUGGUGGACCACGGAUUGUUUUGUUCCAUUUUGACCUUGGACGAGCUAAAGGCCGAACAACGGGCGGUAGGAGUUUUGCAAUGGCUUAUGUGUUUGGCGCGGUCCUGUGAUCCCCUGUGUCAACAGGUGGCCGAAGCCAUCGCACCGGAUCGACACUUGGUUCCACUCCUCAUUGCUGAUUUCAAAUUGAGUUCCAGGAUUACCAAAUAUUGGCAUUCCCUCCUCUUGACCUUGCUCGCGGUUCCCACCUUCAAAUCUCACUUGGCGGCAGCCUACUGCGAUACUUAUCAAUCCGUCACUGCGGAAUAUGCACGUGGAAUGGGAGUCUUGGAACGCAGUGGCUAUGCCCUGUCGGUGCAAUUCUUGAAUCGAGUAACCUAUGUUGUGGAUUUGGUACAAAGGCGAGAUUUAUUGGGCAAGCUGGGAGCGAGCUUAUUGGAGACCCUCAAAUUGGCGACCAAACCGCCACCCAAACUUAAUCCCAACCACUUUGUCAUGACUCAUCGACGGUACUCUCCGUGUAUUAGUGAUUUGAAGUGUGUCCUUAAUGUCAAGGGCAUGCCUCGGUUAUUCGCUUCGAAAAUUGGUAGCUUUCUACGAGACUGGAUUGAAACUUUGAGUAUUGGACAAAUGAUGGACGAACAAGUAUGGAGAGACUACAAUCAAGGACACGUGGAGCUGGAAGUGCGAGGCUGGGUGGGUGCUUUCAAUGGGAGCAUUAGUUUGGGAUCGUUGUUUGAGCGCCUUUUGUCUUGGAAGGAUGACGAUCCAUCUCCGAUUGACGACGCCGAGUCGCCACUCUGCAAAAAUCUGUUGUCAUGUGUGGACUUGACAUAUCAUGUAUUGGAGUAUGGUAUUGGAAAAUGGCAAACUGUGGAAAUGUACGCAUACAAACCAACAAGGUCCACGGUGGAAUCUCACGAUCGCAAACCUGCUAGUUUACCCUUUUCCACCUUAUCGGAAAAGAAUGGAUCUGCUCUUGCGUUUCGUGCGCUUCCAAUGUCACAGAAGACUCCAUUUUCCUUCCACUUGCCGUUGCAGCGGUUUGUUGCUGCGUGCUUGCGUGAAAUCUGUCUAAGGGAGGAUGCCAUGGAUGAUUUGAUGCUAAAGCUUUCGAGAGACAUGUUUGUGAAUAACAAAGACAAUCUCUUCCUUGGACUGAUGGAAUUUCCUCUUUUGGUCCUAUCAAGAUCCGCGCAGGUGCGGGCUGGAUUGUGGCGACGGAAUGGAAACGGUCUGAAUGAUCAAGUUCUGAACUAUGCUGAACCACCGUUCUGCCGGGCCAUGAGAGAUGCUGAUUUGUUGCUGGUGCAGUUUGCAAUGCUUGGACGUGCACGACAUCAAUCGGCAGAGACGAGACCAGAUUCUGAUAUUGGCGUUUGCUUCAUGGUUCAUUUGUUGCUCCACCGUCUUGGAAUCUUCCAGUUUUGUGGUUUGCGAAACGGUGCAGAGUCCAAUGUGAAUCGAUAUUUGGAGGAAGUUGGAAAAGGAUUGUACGAUUCCGAGGUCAAGGAAGAAUCGGAAGGUGACAAACCAGUACUCCCUUGGACGUAUGCUUCAUCGCGUGAUGUUUCAUCGCAGUUGUUGCUUUUAGAAGAAUUCCUACAUGCCAUGAUUGUGUUUUGUGUGGAACUCCCCGCAGAGCCACCGUCAACAAAGAGGGAACACACUGAGCAAGCCAAGGAACGCCUACGCCGAGAAGUUAUUCACAGGCUGGCUUCUGGCCCUAAGAUGCAUAGCGAGCUCGCAGAAGUCCACCACGUCCUGAGUCACUGGGACAACUUUUAUCUGGGAGAAGAAGGGAAGCAAGUCAACCCCGAUGAUGCCACUGGCGCCGCCUUGGGAGCUGUCUUGGCGGACGUUGCGACAAGGAAGAGUGCAAAAGGGAAGAUGGAGCCAGACAAAUGGGUAUUGAAGAAAAAUGUCUGGCAUUGUUAUGAUCCCAGCUUCUUUCACAUCAGCUUGCGAUCGCAUCAGACAGCGGCAGAAUCUAGGCCCACUCCAAAUGGCCAAAAUCCGAACUAUGGAAUCAGUCCCAAGGCAUUCUGCCCAAUCCCAGCACCAGCGCACAAGUCGUUUGUCAGACUGCGCAGAGAUAUCUCAUGUGAUGCCAUUACGAUAUCGACAGCUUAUCGCACUUUGCAUUUGCACUGCCGAAAGCCUGACAAAGAGAAGGAGGAAUUGGGACUCAGUGGUUCGAUGGGAUAUGAAAGCGACGAGAGAAGCGAAACAGCCCUCACUCGUGCUGUGCAUUUGCUCACUCUUGGUGCUUUCGCUUGGAAGGAUGCCAAAGAAAAUGACCCUGCAUGGCGAAAACGCGGAGGAGGAUCUGUUGGUAGUCUGUUUGCCAACUGGGCUGACAAUGAUGCAGCUCCGACUGCAAAAAAUUGGGUCUCUGCUGUUAUGCUAACAUCCCCGAAAGCUCUUACAGAUAAUGAAUGGUACGAAGGAGAAGACAACUGUCUAGUACUAUUGCGAAGAUUGGCUGUUGAUGGAGGAUUUGCUGGAAAUUUUGUGGCGCAGGAUCGUGCUGUGCGGGCAGGGGCUGCGUGGUUGUGCGAGUUUGCAGCACAGCACAAUGACGACGCUCGAAAGUUCGUUCGUGCGAGCCAAUCUGCUGUCAAUAGCAGCAGUGAAGUCGAAACAGGCGAAACCGACAUCCAAAGACGCAGGCGAAUGGCAAAAGAAAAAGCAAUGGAAAGGAUGAAGGCGCAAGCGGCGAAGUUUGUAUCCAUGAUGGAUACUGAGUUUGGAAACGAGGAUGAGACUGAAACUCCCAAAUCUGCCGAAUUGUCUAUCGCGAGAUCGGAAAAUUCUGAUAGUGCUGGAAUGUUUGAGUCAGGUCAGAGUUCUGUUUCAAGUGCGACUUCAGCAAAUGAAGAUUCUUCGCAUCAUCCCCUCACACCAGAUGCACAACAGCGAAGCCCUGAAAAAGCAGCAGCUAUUUCUCCAAGACUUCUCUCUGUCAGACCUCGAUGUAUUAUUUGCAGUGAUGAUAGCGGUGUGGAAAUGCAAACACGUGAUCAGACUGAGGAUAGGCAUCGCAAGAGCCGAAAACGAAGAUCAGAUGGAGGGAAUGCGCUUGCUUUUGUGGGCUAUAGCCAGGCGAGUACAGUCAUGAAGGGUGGUGGGCCAGCAUCGACAAGCGAAUAUCACGUGGAGGCUCCUGUGCGACGAUUUGUUGGGGCUCAUGUAGCAUUAUGCGGCCAUGCGAUUCACAGCGAGUGCCUAGAAUCGUAUUUGGCAACUGUUUCAAACAGAGAAGAUAGGACUUUCGGAAAGCGAGACGAAUUCCGGUGUCCAUUGUGCCAACGAUUGAGUAACUCUUUGGUUCCCUUCAUCGAUGUCGGCGCUGAUUGGAUUACUUGCAAGCCAUGCACUUCGGAAUCAACUUCAGCUAACUCUUCCAAUAUGAAGAGCGAUGAUCAAUCUCAAGAAGACAUGGCAUCCACAAAGCCUGCCACUUUGAAUGAAUUUUUGAAUUCUACUCCUUGGUGGGUCAGUCGACGCAACAAAAACACUCUUUGGGAUGGCCAGUGUGCAUUUGUCAAUAGACCAACUGAAACAGAGGAAGCAACAACCGAGUCCGCUGCAGUUGUCCCACCAAAACUUUCGCGAAGGAAGAGUGUACGACCACUUCGGAAGAAGGACUUGUACGCUGCUUGGAAUGCCAUGAUGAAGACGCCGCGUUUCGUAAGGCGCAAAUUGAAAUCACGGGGAGGAGAGUCGAACGCGCUAGAGAGCCAUCUUGGGAAUGAUCUUGCAACUAGUCAAUUGUUUUCGUCAAGCGAGUCGGCCGGAGAAACUGUAGUGUGGAGGAGGUUCAUGGAUCAAGUUAGCGACAUCACAUAUAGAGCCGAUGGCAAGCGACUAGGUGACGAGAGCCUGCAUAAUGAUUUUGGAGAGUUCCGACACUACAUUGUAGAGAAGUACUCCUACAACAUGGCGAAACGAUUCGCAGGAAAAGAGGCGUCUGAUUGGCCAUCUUGUGUAUUUCCAUCAGCUUUGUCUGACAUCCAACGUCAAGAACUUUCAAGAGAAAAACUAUUAUCGAAGCUUAUGAUGUCGAUUCAGGCUUUCACAUACAGUUGCUGCUGCGAAGCUUCUGAAGCUCGACGAUUGGUACGCAAGACGACACGAUUAUCAGGCAAUACCGCAGGAGCUUCUGCUGAUGACAAUGGUCUAGCUCCUGUGCUUUCGAAGUUCGGUAUCGAUGGCAUCAUUUGCGACGGGAAGCUGGUUAUGAUGCCAAAGCCUUCACCGUCUGCUGACGAUGGAGCUCAGCCAUUCACUGGGAGACUGGGGCGCUUGAGAUAUCUUGGCUUAGCAGUUAUGGCUGCUACCGGUCCGCUUGCAGCAGAUCUCAUCCAGCUCGCUUUAGCUUUGCCACUGACAUCAUCCGAUGGAGAAAAUGCUGUUACAACUGCCCCCGAUUCGCCAUUCCGUGCACCGGUCGUAUACCCGCUUCUUUUUGGCAACGUCUUGACACAUGUCGUGGUAGCUAUUUGUGCAACAAAUGGUAGAGAUCGCGCAAGAAGCGAUUCCUUAGAUUUGAUCUGGCCCGUCCCUUUCUCUAGGGAUGGAAGCUUUCUUUCCCCUGACAAUGCAACUGAUGCUUCUGAAUCUUACUCCGUCAUGUCAGAUGCAGAAGGAUUUGUAAAGUUGGGGUUGUUGGCGAGAAUGCUGCAGGUGUUGCUGGGCAAGCUUGACAUGCAAGGACUAGACAAUAUUCCUGGACUAGAAACAGAAUUCCUUGUGGUCAAGAGUCUGAGCAAGCUGCGUAAUUCUGAAUUUGCAAACUUUACAUCUGUCGAAGGAAGAUGGAAAUUGUGUUGCAUUACCAUGCUCGAGAUGGCAUUGUCAAAGCAUUCGAAUCACGAGGUUGUUCCAGAACAACCACAUGUUGAGAAAGCAAUUUUUGACCGUUUGAAUGAAGGCUGCUUCCUCGCUGCAGCUGCUGCUUGUUCCUACUUGGCGGAUGUUGGAGUAAUCAUGCAAAUUCUGAUACCAGACAUUAUGUCCAGGUACGACAGUCAAGACAUGUCAAUGACCAGCGACUCCAGUGAGAGUGACAGUGCGUUAGAAACUUUCGAAAAGCUUCGUAAUAGCUUUCAAAUGGAACCAGUCCACGAGAUGCUUGAGGCCACUACUAUUGGUGAAGUGCUCUCGAAUUGGUAUGAAACAGCGCGUCAUCAUGAGAAGAGAGCAAUGAUUGCGAGUGACAGCAAGUCUGGAUUUGGUGGCAAGUCGUCAAUAUGUAGUAGACUAAAUCGCACUCAAGGGUUCCGAGUAUUUGACUGGCCAAUGGAGCCAAGUGGCCACCACAAGAAAUCGAAGACUCCUUUGAACCAAGGGGAGAAUAAUAGCAAGAAACGCGGUGCACAUCCCUUGGAGCCAGAAGAUGAUGGAACAGCACCAAUGGAUCUUGAUGAAAUUGAGCCCAUGAGCGUCUUCGCUUCGUCAUCAGAAUUGCAGCGCCGAGUUGCGUUGCCACUAGUUACAUUCAGCUCGAAGAAGAGUGUAGCUCUCCUUGGUGGAUAUCGCGCUGGUUUUCCUGCAAAGGCAAAUGGACGACCCAGAAUCGCAAUGAUACCAACGUCUUAUACUGAUUUGUACGCCGAACUCGGCCGACUAUUGCCGGACAGUGAACAAACAGCUGUUUGCUUGAUUUGUGGCGAGGUUCUCAACGCUGGAGGAAAGGGCGAAUGCACCAAACACUCCUUCAAGUGUGGGGCAGGCACGGGAUUGUUCUUUCUCCUUCAAGAAUGUGCUGGUCUAAUUAUGCACAAUUCCAAGGCGGCUUAUAUCCACAGUCCGUAUGUCGAUAGCCAUGGUGAAACACCACAGUAUCGUGGUCGCCCACUGAACUUGGACAUGGAACGUUAUGAUCACCUUCGAGAAGUCUGGUCUGGUCAUGCAGUCCGACAACAGGUAUUGGCAGAACGAGCAAGUUCACGGCAAAUCAUUGUUCAAGACUACUAUUAA